CGUACUCUCUUCCUUCCAAAACUCCUUCCCCUCACUCCCGGCUUACUCCCGUGCGACGUCCAACCACCCAAAACCAAACAACCCAGAACCGAGCAUCCCCGUGACGACACCGGCCAACACCUCCUCUCGUCUCACCUUCCCAUCAUCUCACACUCCCUUUUUUCGUUUCGAACUGAGAGCUACAGUGCUCCAACGAAAGGAGGUCAUCCUUGGGACAUCAUUUGCAAGUCUCUUCAAUGGAGUUGAGCUACAGACCCCUACAUGCUACAGUAAGCCUCUUCCAUCUCUGCUACCACUCUCGUCUGCACAUUUCGCUCCUAAAGUAGCUGUGAAGAAGCUGUCACAGACUCACACAGCUCACAACAGGCAAAAAAAAGAGUUUCAGAUGGAGGCCAAAGUAUUUGCUUGCGUCCAACACAGAAAUAUGGUGAAUUUGCUUGGAUAUUGUGCUCAUGGAGAGUGCAACUUACACAUUUCACUAUGUUAAAUUCAUGUCUUCCUUGAUUGUAGCCAGAGGAUGCAUGUGAUGGUGGAAAUGCAAAUCUGUGCAUCCAUUUCUUAAAAUGAUGCUUAAAUGUUGAGUUAGAAAGUCUGUGUGAAUGAUGGAAGGGACUCAAAAUCUUGGGUAGAUUGCCACCUGCACAAUAACAUCAAAAGAUCACAUCUUUAUUUAGUUUUUUUGUUUCUA